AGUUGCCCUUUGUAGAAUCCACCAGCCAGCAGUGCAGAGAUGCGGGACUGCUCAUGGCAAAGUGUGGUGCCCUUGUGGGUGGGAAAGCAUGUACUGUAGGGUGCUUACAGGUUGAAGAACAGGGAGGUACACUAUACACCGAGAGGUACCCCCUUUACCAACUGGGUGGCCCCCAGCUCCGUGUAUUUCGAACUAACUUCUUCAUUCAGCUGGUGCGGCCUGGUACUGCACAGCCUGAAGAUACCGUGCAGUUCCGGAUCCCCAUGGAGAUGACCAGGGUGGACCUUCGGAAUUACCUUGAGCAGAUUUACAAUGUUCCCGUGGCUGCCGUGCGCACACGGGUGCAGCAUGGCUCCAACAGGAGGAGGGAUCACAAGAAUGUGAGGAUCAAGAAACCAGACUACAAAGUGGCCUACGUGCAGCUGGCCCAUGGGCAGACCUUCACUUUCCCAGAUCUUUUUCCAGAGAAGGACCCCCGUUCUCCAGAACCUCUGGAAGAGGAGCUACCCCAGCAGAGGCAAAGCAGCGACCUGAGGUGCCCUGGUAUCCCUUCCUGGUUUGGCCUAUGACCUAUGACAGCAGGAUUUGGACCACAGACCCUAGUGAGCACAGUGGUUCUGACAAGCCCAAAUAAAAAUUCUUUGUGGAGAAAGA